AUGGCUUCUUCUUGUUUGAGUCAUGUGCUUGAAAUUGAGAAACUCGAGAUCUCACCAAAGCCAAACUGGCUUGAACUUCCAAGAGACAUAACUAUCAACAUACUUCAGAGACUUGGAACUCUUGAUCUCGUGACUAGUGCAUCUGUUGUGUGUCCUCUCUGGUGGAACAUCUGCAAGGACCCUCUCAUCUGGACCACCAUUGACAUGAUGAGCAAUCUCUCUUUCUCACAGAAUUACUUUGCAUAUUAUAGUCGAUUAGAGAAAAUAUGUCUCUACGCCAUUGACAGAAGUUGUGGUCAACUCAAAAACAUACAUUUUUAUAAAUUUGGGACGGAUGGUCUCCUCUAUAACAUAGCCAAAAGAGCAAGUAACUUGAGAUGCAUUCGGCUUGAAGAAUGCCAUGAAAUUUCAAACAAAGCUUUUUCUGAAGUUGUGAAGAAGCAGCCACUUUUGGAGGAGCUUGUCAUUCAUCAUUGUUAUGACUUAGGAAGGUUUUUCUUUGAAUAUAUUGGCGUAUGUUGUCCACUUAUAAAAUCCUUGAAAUUUUUCCCUUGCCUAAUAAAGGAAUGUAAUAAGUGCGACAAUAUUGCGUUUGUUAUUGGAAGAACAAUGUCAGAGCUUCGGCACCUUACGAUUUUUAAAAAUGAACUCUCUAACGAUGGAUUGCUUGCUAUUCUAGAUGGAUGUCCUUCUCUUGAGUCUCUUGAUCUCCGGGGAUGUUUUCAUCUCGACUUGGAUCAAAGUUUAUUGAAAAGAUGCAAAAAGCAGAUCAGAGAAUUAAGGCUUCCAGCUGAUUCUGCAAAUCACCAUUUAAGCAAUUCUAAUUAUAAUAACUAUCUACAUAUGAAAGCUAUUUAUCGGAUGGAACAGUUUAUUAAGAGGUUUUGA